AUGAACAGCUCCAGGAGCCAAGGUGAAGGAGUGCCUUCGGGGACCCUUCCUGCCCUCCCGGCCCUCUUAGUGGGUCUGGGUCUGGCCAGUGGAGUGGGCAACCUCCUCUUGGCUGCCUCCUUGGCCCCGCAGCUGGCUCAGGGAUGGCUGGCACCAGGCUACCCUUGGCUCCUCAACUUAGCCGUGGCGGAUUGGACCCUAGGACUGUGCCGCCUCCUGCCACAGCGUGGGGUCUGGCUUUGCAAGGCCUCCGAGUGGCUCCUCCAUGCCUCUUUGGCCACCAAGAGCUUCAGCUGGACGGCGGUGGGGCUGGAAAGAGCGAGUGGGACCAAGACCACCACCACCGCAACGUCCAUCACGCUGGGCAAAGGGCACAGUGUCCGGAGCUGGGCAGGACUCAUGGCGUCCACUUGGGCUGUGAGCUUGGUUCUGGCCUUCCCUCGCUUCCUCUUCACUCAUCAUCACAAGGAGGACCACUUUGCCUGGCCCACUUGCACCUUCCAAGCCCCUCACGCCAGCUUUGUGGAGGUCUUCAGCACCGUGGUGUACCCGCUGGCCGCCUGCUUGGCUCCUGCUGCCUUGGCCUUUGUUGGCUACUGGCGUGCCCUCCAUGCUCCACCAGCAUCCAACUGGAGAGAUCGCUUGCCAAAGUCCAGGGAACUCUCGAGAGGACGUCGAGUGACUGCGACCCUGUUGGGUCUCACCUUCCUUUUCCAUGCCAUUUGGGUGCCCACAUGGGUGGCCUGGCUGUGGGACAUGGCCAAGGGAACCCAACCUCCAUGGGCUUUGGAAGCUGCUGCUGAAGUCCUGCUUUUCCUCGAUGGUGCCCUGCGCCCGCUUCUCUUGCUGGCCCUCUUGGCUGAGCUCCGUCCGGGGUUGAGGAGUGCUUCUUGGAGACGCAGCAAAGCUGACGACAAAAGAGAGGAUGCCAAGCUGGGCUCUGGGACCAACAACCUUGAGGGAACAUCCUUAGAAAACUUCGACAACAACGAGGAAUCAGCAACCAUGAAAAGGCUCCCUGACGUGGAGAAUUUCUGGAAGGAGCGGAGGAGCACUGUGGCUAAAGAAGAGAGUGACCCAGUCCCCUGGGAGCACCUGAGUGACCCCUGA